AUGUUCCUCCUAGUCUAUGUUGAUGAUAUUAUUGUGCUCAGUUCCUCCACUUCUGCCACAGAUAGGUUGAUUGCUGCUAUGCGUGAUGCCUUUGCUGUCAAGGAUCUUGGCACCCUUCAUUACUUUCUUGGUAUUGAGGUUCGUCGUCAGUCUUCUGGGAUUAUUCUUACUCAGAAGAAGUAUGCCAUGGAUCUUCUUCAGCGCGCCGGUAUGUUGAAGUGCACUCCUGCUUCUACUCCCAUGACUGUUGUUGAUAAGCUUUCUGCACAUGAGGGUGUUCUGUUGUCUGCUGAUGCUGCCACUCGGUAUCGCAGUGUUGUUGGUGGCCUGCAGUAUCUCACUCUUACUCGCCCUGAUUUGUCAUUUGCUGUCAACAAAGUCUGUCAAUAUCUACAUGCUCCUAGAGAACCUCAUUGGACAGCGGUUAAGCGCAUCCUUCGUUUUGUCAAGCUCACUGUUUGUCAUGGUUUGACUCUUCGCUCCACUCCCGAUACCCUGGUCUCGGCCUUCUCUGAUGCUGACUGGGCAGGGAAUUCUGAUGAUAGGCGAUCCACGGGGGGAUAUGCUAUCUUUUAUGGAGGAAAUUUGAUCGCCUGGAAUGCGCGUAAGCAAGCUACUGUGUCAGAGUCGGAGUAUAAAGCAGUUGCUAAUGCAACAGCUGAAAUUAUUUGGGUACAGUCUCUACUCAAGGAAUUAAAUUUUUCUUCAGCUCGAGUACCUAUUCUAUGGUGUGAUAAUAUUGGAGCUACCUAUCUCUCCUCUAAUCCAGUGUUUCAUGCUCGUACUAAGCAUAUUGAGGUUGAUUUUCAUUUUGUGAGAGAACGAGUAGCUAAACGGCAGCUUCAAAUCAAGUUCAUAUCAUCCAAGGAUCAGGUAGCUGAUAUAUUCACAAAGCCUCUUCCGUUACCUGCGUUUGAAGCAUGUCGUCGCAAUCUCAACCUCAUGGAGCCAGUUGAGAUUGAGGGAGGAUGA